AUGCUGAGGUCAAACACUGUUCAGCUUCCCAAUUCCACGGAGUCUCCGAACUCAGGCUAUCUCCCUCUGCAUCGCCGACACACCACUGCCGUCGACAGGCAACCGCCAUGGCCCGAAAUCCCUGUCACCAACGACAAUUUCACAAACAUUGCCGUAGUGAUCAUAGGCGGUGGUAUAUCUGGAAUGUGCGUCGCUAUUGAUUUGUUAGUGAAGCACAAGAUCAAGAAUUUCGUGAUCCUGGAGAAAAGUGGUGGGUUUGGUGGGACGUGGCGCGAUAACAAGUUCCCCGGCUGCUGCUGCGACGUCUUCAGUGUUCUUUACUCCUACUCGUUCGCACAGAACCCGAAAUGGACGCGUCGGUAUCCAGGUCAAGAGGAGAUAUUGGACUAUCUCACCGAUGUAGCUCAAAAGUAUGGGCUGUACAAAUAUGCACGAUUCCAUACGGCUGUCGAAGCUGCUACUUGGAAUGACAAGACCUGCAAGUGGGAGACGUCGAUUACUGUUGGCGGCGGGAAAGAGGCCGAGUUCUCUUCCACGUACAAGAUCACCAGUGACUUCCUGGUCGGAGCAACAGGGCAGCUCAACAAGCCCAAAGGCAUCGACGUGCCCGGCUAUGAAGGGUUCCAAGGGAAGAUCAUGCACUCAGCCCGUUGGGACUGGAGUUAUGACUUGAGAGGCAAGCGAAUUGCCAUUAUCGGAACAGGCGCCACGACUGCUCAAAUAGCUCCCGAGGUUGCCAAGGUCGCAUCUCAACUCACCAUCUGCCAGCGAACCCCAGCCUGGGUCAUUCCUCGCCAUGACGCCCAGAUCCGUCGGUCGACACGCCUGCUUUACACGUACUUCCCGCCGGCACAAUGGAGAGGACGAGCCGAAGCCAUGGACAUUCGCGAAUCAUUCCACUCGGCGGUCACAAAGGCAGACUCUGCUCAUGCCGAACACAUGCGACGCCUGAACCACACCCUCAUUCGAGAACAACUAGCCGAUCACCCGGACUUGUGGGACAAAGUAUCUCCGAAGUACAGUCCCGGCUGCAAAAGAACCGUCAUCAGCGACGACUACUACCCUACCCUGGGCCGGAAGAACGUCAAGCUGGAAACGGACAAAAUCGAAGGAUUCACGGCCGACGGCAUCAAAUUCGCCGGCCACGACGCCGCGGAAAGAUUCGAUCUGAUCGUGCUGGCAACAGGCUUCGACACCUUCGGCUUCCUUUCGCCGAUCCAGAUCACGGGCCGCAACGGCCGCCCACUGGAAGACAUAUGGUCCAAGGCGUCGCAUGCGUACAAAGGCGUGACGGUCCCCGACCUGCCGAAUUUCGCCAUGCUCUACGGUCCCAACACGAAUCUCUCGCACAACUCGCUGAUUCUCGUCAUCGAGGCCCAGACGCGAUACAUUUCCGUCCUCAUUGACAAAGUCGUCCAGGCGCGACGCCGAGGCCAGAGUCUAGCCCUGUGUCCAUCGGAAGAGCGCACCAUCGCAUACUGCCAUGACCUGCAACUCGCCCUGGCAAAGACUUCCUUCGCCGAUCCCAACUGUACAAGUUGGUGGAGGCGUGACGAUGGGAUCGUCACGAACAAUUGGGCCGGCACCGCCGUCGACUACCAGAAGAACCUGGCUUCCGUGGAUUGGGCAGACUAUGUUGCUUACGGGUCCGCCGCGUAUGACAUUGACGAAUUGCGGAGCAAAGUCAAAAUCACCAAGAUUGGCCGCGUCGUGGAAGAGACGACGUUGAGUCGGACGGCGCUAGGUGUCGCCGCUCUGGGAACCGUGGGAUUGAUAGUCCAGGCUUUCUUGUUGAAUAUGUGGUCUUGA